AUGCAAACCAUUAAUAUCUGGACUCAUCCGACGCAUCGGGAAUGUAUUGUACCUAUUCUUACACUACCCCACAAUCGUACCAGAUACUUGAAUAUCGGAAGUGAAAGUAAACUGAAGGAAUGGGCAGACAAACUGAACGUCUGUUGCUACCAGAUCAUCAAGGAACGCAAAGAGUUGAUUAGAAACGGAGGCAGCCUGGAGCACAAGACCGACCUCCUGUCCAA